AUGGCCCCGCCGUGCGCCGGGGCGCUGCGCUGCGCGCUGCUCUGCGCGCUGCUCUGCGCGCAGGGGCCCGCUCCCACCCGCGCAGGUACGGCCGGGGAGCGGGGGUGCGGCGAGCUGAGGUCCUGUGAGACAUGCACGGCCGGCACCACCUCGCACAACGCCACCGGCUGCGUCUGGGUGGGCUGUGGGACCCCCGAGGAGCCAGAGACAGGGAGCUGCGUGCAGAGAGGAGCAGCAGCGCGAGAGACCUGUGCACUCUACAACACCAGCACCCUGUGUCAAGCGCUGAAGUCCCCCACCGAAGAGCCUCCGCGGUCCCAUAGCAAGGAGCCGGUGACACACUCCCCAAGGACCACCACCACCAGCGCCCCAUUGACGGGCAGCCCCGAAUUUCACCCGCCCGGCUUUGACACGGCCAGCUUCAUCGGCGGCAUCGUGCUGGUGCUGAGCGUCCAAGCCGUCGUCUUCUUCAUCAUCAAGUUCAUCAAGUCGAAGGACAGCACCUACCAAACGCUGAUCUGAGGCCACUGCGCGCCCCGGGCUGGGGAGAUGCUGCCCUCGUCCUCCCCGGGGCAGGCAGAGAAGAGGCCAGCGCUGCCAGUGUCCCUGCCCGCUGCCGGUGUCCCUGCCUGGUGCCAGCAUCCCUGCCCGCUGCCGGACUGUGUCCCCCCCCCCGACAGCCGCAGGGCCCCACACCACAACUAUGCAAAGCUGGCUCUGCCCCUGGCUGCCCUCUCCGCCCCGGGGGACACCAGGGUGGGAGAUGUCACCCAGGCCUGACCCCUGUCCCCAGCGCGGCUGGGGAUGCUCCGGGGGGGUUUGCACCCUCCGGCUGCUUCCCGGGGUGGGGAGGGCAGAGCAGGGCGGAGGGGUGCAGCUGGGGACGGGGG